GAAAUGAAGGUAGAUACUUCACUGCCAUAAUGCUGAAAAAAUCCAGAGCAAAACUAGUAAGCCAAGAAAUUGUUCCUUUUCCAACAACUUCCAUGAUGAGGAAUUUAUUGGUGGUUAAUGUAAAACUCUGUGGCAAUGACAUCUGCCUCAUGACUUCCCACUUAGAAAGCACCAAAGAGCAUGCAAAGGAACGGCUGAAGCAGCUGGGCGUUGUACUGCAGAAGAUUUUGGAGGUUCCAUCAUCAACUACUGUGAUAUUUGCUGGUGAUACUAACCUAAGAGACCAAGAGGUUAAAAAGAUAGGCGGCCUGCCCAGUCCCAUCAUGGAUGUUUGGGAAUUUCUGGGGAAGCCUGAACAUUGCCGUUAUACAUGGGACACAAAAAUGAACAACAACUUGAAGAUUCCAAACAGCUGCAGGCUGCGUUUUGACCGAAUACUGUACCGCUCUGCUCUAGAUGGCGGCCAAGUCAUUCCUCAGUCUUUGGAUUUGCUUGGCACUGAAAAACUGGACUGUGGUCGAUUUCCCAGUGACCACUGGGGGUUAUUGUGUGAUUUCAAUGUGAUCUUAUGA